AUGCAUCUGCAUGCAGCAUAUCUAAGACGUGUACUGCGGAGGCGAAAGCACUAUGUCAUGUUCAGAGAGGAAAUGUCUCACCGGCAGAAGCGGCGGCAAAUGCUCGCCAGUCGAAGACGCAGAUUUCAGAGAGAACUGUGGCUAGCUUUGGCUGAGGAGCAUGUGCCCAGGAAGUGUUGGGUCACCGCGAAAAGUCAGGACUGGUGGGAUCGCAUUGUCCUCUGCACCUGGGACGAUGAGGAAUGGAUUGAGUGUUUUAGAAUGACCAGAGCGACCUUUGAGUACCUCGUACGGAUUCUCAGACCACGUCUUGAACGGCAGAAAACAAAAUUCCGUGAUCCCAUCACUGUUGAGAAACGGGUUGCAGUGGCAAUCUGGUGUCUGGCCACCGGCAGCUGCUACAGACAAGCCAAAGAUCAAUUUGGCAUCGGCGUUUCCACUGCGGGGACUGCUUUUCUGGAGGUGUGCUAUGCACUGGAGGCAGAGCUUCUGUGCAAGACAGUGUGCUUGGGAACAGCGGUUGGAACGGUGAUGGAUGGAUUUUCCGCCCUCGGAUUCCCGCACUGCGUUGGAGCUAUAGAUGGUUCCCAUAUUCCGAUUUGCGCUCCAGGUGGAAGUCCCGAACAAUAUGGAAACCGAAAAAAAUUUUCAUCUAUACUUCUUCAGGGUACGGUAGACCACAGAGGGAGAUUCAUUGACACCGAAAUCGGUUGGAGCGGCAAAAACCACGACGCGUUCGUGUUCAGGAAUUCUGCCAUAUGUGCUGCGAUGGAUGCCGGGACAUUUGUUCCAGGAAACCCUUGCCUGCAUCUGGACGGUGUGACGGUGCCACCGAUUGUCAUUUCUGACGGCGCUUAUCCAAUUAGGAGAUGGCUUAUGAAGGCCUAUGGCACUCAUGCUGAAACUGAGGCACAUAGGAACUUUGAUCGUGCGCUGUCUCGCGCUCGCAAUGUGGUGGAACGCAGUUUCGGGCGUUUGAAAUCAAGAUUUCGUUGUUUAGCUACACGGCUGAACUGUAGAGAGGAGAACGUGGUAACGGUGGUUUCUGCCUGUGUUAUACUUCACAAUAUCUGUGAGGAACGUGGUCACCAAUUGCUUGGUGAUUGCGGAGAUCCAAGGCCAGUUAUGGUGCCUCCGGAGGAGGAUGCUGUCCUGGAACAGGACCGGUCUCACCUUGAGGAGGGGAAAAUUGUCCGAGAUGCUUUGUCAAAAUUCAUGUAUAAUAACAAUUCAAGAAUCUAA